AUGGUUUUCAUCCUCGGUGUCAAUUUCCAGUCGGCCAUGCCGGUCAAGAGGGCUCUCCAAUGCUUCUACGCCUUGGGGCCUACGACGGCCGAUCGCAUCAUGGCGAAAUACUCCAUCUUCAACCUCGCCAAAGUCGGCUCCCUCCCUGCGAAAACCGUCACGGCGCUGACGGCCGAACUCUCCCAAAUGACGAUCGAGAAUGACGCGAAGCGCCUUUUACACGAAAACUUGAAGCGGCUGAAGGACAUGGGAAGCUACCGCGGAAGGAGGCACGCCAUGGGUCUUCCUGCUCGCGGCCAGAGGACACGGAAUCAAAUCUUCUCGGCUCGCAAACUCAACAGGCUGGACCGCCGAGGGUAA